CUUUAUUACCGGUUUUUUCUUAGCAUGGCAAUUCGCAAAAAUACCUGAGUACAUUGUAUAAAACGAUCCAUCAUGUUUCCGCGAAAUCGCGGUUUACAAAAGCCUCACGAAAUUUUAAUUAAUAAAGUCGCUCCCGCAAAUACAUCGCACAUUGGUUUAUUUUAAAUUCUAUAAAUGUGCGCUUCCAAAAUAACCGCUGUGUGAAUGUUCCGUUUCAUGACAGCGGAAAAUCGUGUUUUUUUGGGAAAAUUCACUUCGACGCGGUUACUCGGUUGUGGCGUGGUGUUUUUUAAUUAGGGCACGAUAAACAAACGAUGUCAGAAAAUGUAUACGAUGCUUGAGGUGAUCAAUGUAGUGAGUGUGAGACAGGAAUUUUAAGGCGGGGUGGCGUACCAAGAAUUUAAGUCACAAGCGUGCUAUGGAGUAACCGAGCUCCCAAAGAGGAUGGUUUUAAAAAAUGGAAAAUCCGAAAUCCGAAGUGACUGUGGAUGUGAAUGACGGUUCUAGCAUCUCAAGUGAAGAAGAAACUGGUUCAGCGUUUGACUCUGAUCAAAGAGCUAGAGCAAAACCUAGCAGCGAAAUAUGGAAACCGGAAGCUGUAUGGGAGGACCUCUUGAAGUUGCCGAAUGCAGAAGAAAUACACGAAUAUAUAGGCGAUUACAACAUUGAUGGUAUUUUGAAAACGAACAAAGAUACUGCGUUGUUACUGUCAAGUUGGCUAGGAAAAUGUGAUGUCUUGAAGGUAUGCUUGGAUAGCGGCGCUUUUUUGGAUGCUGCAGAUAAUGCUGGCAGAACACCGUUACACCUCGCUGCCUAUGCCGGCCACGCCCAUUGCCUGUUUCUUCUCCUGUCCGCAGGCAGUACCAGCAUCAAUCAAUGGGACGCCGCCCGUACCGUCACUCCUCUCCACUGCGCAGCGGCAGCCAAUCGCGUCGACUGCCUGCGGUUGCUGAUUCGCCAUGGCGCGGAUGUCAACUCUGGAUUGGAGGGACAGUCGCCGCUGUUGAAUGCCGUUCAAAGUGGUGCAGUGCAAUGUGUAGAGGAGUUGUUGAAGAGUGGAGCUGUGCCGAAUACUACUGUGGUAUUCAGUGAUACUCCUUUGCACCUUGCCGCCUCGUUAGGAGACGUGGAGAGUCUCAAACUACUCUUAGAACAUGGUGCAGCCACCGACGUUCGAUCAGGCACCGAUAGAGUGGCUCCAUUGCAUCUCGCCGCAGCUGAUGGUGACGCCAGGUGUGUGGGGAUCCUCGUCGAAGCUGGGGCGAAAAUUGACAUCAAGAAUGCGAAAAGACAGACGCCUUUGCAUUUGGCAGCCUUGGCGCAGAGUGCUGAAACUGUAGAUCUGUUGCUGAACAAAGGUGCCAACCCCAAUCUCCAGGACCUCGACGGCCGCACCCCCCUCCACAGUGCCAUCGUGAAAGUGUCCCGCUCUUGCGACUGCGUCCGCCUCCUCCUCAAAGCAGGUGCUGACGUCAACAAACCUGACAACUACGGUUACACGGCACUCCAUCUAGCGGCAUUGAACGAAUUUAGCAACUGCGUCAUGCUGCUCAUAGAGAAUGGAGGGGAUGUGACUGCCAGAACCAAUGGGGGUGUUUCUGUGCUGGGGUUCAUCACUAGAAAGACGCCAGAUGUCAUACCGAAGUAUUUGCAGAAGUUUGAUGCUUCUAUCAAAAGGAGCGACCACGAACUGGGCGACGUCGACUGCGAACUCAAACUAGACUUCCGCAUCCUCGUUCCCACCAUGGGCAACAAAGAAACAGAACUCCUCCUGAAUUUCAUCGAAGUUGGCCACAAAGAAGUAUUGAAACACCCCCUGUGCGAAACUUUUCUCUUUCUAAAAUGGCGCAGGAUCAGAAAAUACUUCCUCUUCAGCCUAGCUUAUCAUUCACUUUUUGUGAUACUUUUCAGCAUUUAUGUGAUCGGUGUUUUUGUGAAGAACUGCCCGUCAGCAAAGAGUACUAGAGAACCUUGUUGGGUGUCGGUCCACGUAAAAAAUGUGGCUUAUGUUGUUAUAUUUAUGAACAUGUUACUGCUGGCCAAAGAGGUUUUUCAAAUAGCUCAUUCUUGGUACAUGUACAUUAAACAGUGGGACAACUGGAUACAAUGGUUGAUAAUUUUGAGUGUAUUUUCUUGUGUCCAUCCUACAAGAAAUGUAGAAGAGGAUAUUCAUGAUUGGCAACAUCACGCUGCAGCUAUUUCAAUCUUCCUGUCUUGGUUAGAGCUUAUGAUGAUUGUGGGUCGCUUCCCCAUCUUUGGUCUCUACAUCCAGAUGUUUACGACGGUCUCGGUUAAUUUUACAAAGUUUAUUUUGGCUUAUUUUUGCCUUCUUAUAGCAUUUGCUCUGAGCUUUGGCGUGAUCUUUGCAAACUACCCAGCCUUUUCUGACCUUAAGUGGGUGUUACUCAAGGUUAUCAUUAUGAUGAGUGGUGAGCUGGAAUAUGAAGAUGUCUUUUUUCCAGACGAUGACAAUCAAGUAACACAGUAUCCUUAUACAGCACACUUAAUGUAUCUCUGCUUUGUGCUAUUAGUGACAAUUAUUUUGACGAAUCUCAUGGUUGGUCUAGCAGUUAGUGAUAUCCAAGGGCUACAACAAAGUGCUGGUCUGGACAGACUAGUACGACAAGCUCAACUUGUUGCGCAUCUAGAAAGCAUGUUAUUUUCAAGGCUCCUGGGCUGUGUUCCUCAUAAGGUAAUGAAGUUUCUUCAUAAACAAGCCUUAUUACUUAAGUCACAGUAUCAUUGGGCACUGUACAUUAGGCCAAAUGAUCCAAGGGAAGAGAGGAUUCCUAAAGAGCUGGUCAGAAGUGCAUAUCAGUUAGUUGUAGAACGUAAAGAAAAGCCAAGAUGCAAGGGAUCCAACAAGAAUAAGGGUAGAGAUGGGUGUAGUGGAAUGAUAUCCCCAGCUUUGUCGAGGUUAAGUUCUUAUAAUAGUGCUGAGACAAAUAAUAACAAGUUGCUGAAGACUCAGCUGGAUGAAGCUGUGAGAGAGCUGCUAGACAGUAGUAUGAUUUUGAGGCAAAAGUUGGAUAGGAUCAAUCAUUUGCUGUUAAACAAUCAAGUGUAAAAAGAUCCUUUUGUAUCACUGAAACAUCUAUGUUUUCUUUAAGCGAUAUCAAUGGAGGCAUCUCUACAUUUCAUAUCGACAAAUACUUUAUAUGUAAAUAAGUGUUUUAGCAAAUA